AUGAUGACAAGAGUGAUUAAUAAUAACAUUCUCUACCGUAGUGAUGAUCAUCAUGAUGGUGAUGAUGACAGCCAUGGUGAUGUCCGUGAUGAUGAUGAUGGUGGUGAUGACGACAGUCAUGGUGAUGUCUGUGAUGAUGAUGAUGGUGGUGAUGACGACGGUGAUGGUGAUGGUGGUGAUGACGACAGUGAUGAUGGUGAUGUCCGUGAUGACGACGGUGAUGAUGGUGAUGGUGGUGAUGACGACGGUGAUGAUGGUGAUGGUGGUGAUGACGACGGUGAUGAUGACGGUGAUGAUGGUGAUGUCCAUGAUGAUGGUGUCUACGGCAUCCAUGGUGGCUGUGAUGGUGGUGGUAAUGGCCAUGAAGCAAUUACAUCACCGUUACUGAAUAAUAAUAAUAAUAAUAAUAAUAAUAAUAAUAAUAAUAAUAAUAAUAAUAAUAAUAAUAAUAAUAAUAGAACACACUAUACUUGA